AUGCAAUUACUACCAACCCUACGAGCGUUGACAUCAUCAACUGAAGCAAUUGGCCCAGUCCGUGCUAUCUCAGCACGAUGCUAUUCAAAUGCCGCCGCGAAGAAGCACCGAGAGGGCCCGCUCGCGGGGAUGACAGUUGUUAGCCUAGAGCAGGCUAUUGCGGCCCCUUUUUGUACUCGACAACUGGCAGAUCUUGGAGCUCGGGUCAUCAAGGUUGAGCGUCCAGGGGUUGGCGAUUUUGCUCGGCAGUAUGACAAACGCACCAAGGGCCUUGCUUCCCAUUUCGUGUGGGCCAAUCGGUCUAAGGAAAGCUUGGCUCUCGAUGUGAAAGACCCCAAGGACCAUGCAGUGUUAAUGAAGCUGCUGGAGAAAGCAGAUGUCCUUGUACAGAACCUAGCGCCGGGUGCUGCUGCAAGACUAGGUUUAUCACAUGAGACGUUGACGGUCAAGCAUCCCUCGUUGAUUGUCUGCGAUAUUUCUGGAUAUGGACAGGACGGUCCAUAUCGUGACAAGAAGGCAUACGAUCUGCUCAUUCAGAGCGAAGCAGGUAUGCUGUCGGUCACUGGCACCGGAAAAGAGCCCGCGAAGGUCGGGAUUUCCAUCGCAGACAUUGCUGCAGGGAUGUAUGCCUAUAGCAAUAUCCUAUCUGCUCUGCUGCAGCGUAAAAAAGACGGAAAGGGUUGUCGGAUCGAUAUCUCUAUGUUAGAAAGCAUGGUCGAGUGGAUGGGAUUUCCUAUGUAUUAUGCCUUCGACGGCGCACCGGGGCCUGUACCUGCCGGUGCCUCGCAUGCUUCCAUCUACCCCUACGGCCCCUUCGAGACGGGCGAUGGCCAGUCAGUCAUGCUAGGAAUCCAGAACGAAAGAGAGUGGGUCAGCUUCUGCAACCGUGUUCUUGUCCAGCCAGAAGUUGCCACAGAUGCUCGCUUUUGCACCAAUCCCCUCCGCGCCCAGAAUCGGAAAGAGUUGAAAGGAAUCAUCGAUGGAGCAUUUUCCACCAUGACUGCCAAAGAGGCUCUCGCCCGCUUGGAUGAAGCCGCAAUCGCCAAUGCCAGUGUCAAUGACAUGCAAGGAGUCUGGGGCCACGCUCAGCUCGAUGCUCGUGACCGAUGGACCGAAGUUGACACCCCGGUUGGCCCUAUCCCCGCGAUCCUCCCACCAGGGGCCACCAAGUCUGCUGAUAAGGGCGGCUUUGGGGCGAGACUGGGCCCAGUGCCAGCAGUAGGAGAACACAACCAAGCAAUUUUGGCUGAGCUGGGGAUCUCACAAUGA